UCAUGUUUUAGCGCACUUGACUCGAGGUCUCUCUUAAGUUAUGUUGCUUUUAGGCGUCAGUCGUGUGCUGUUCCUCAACAAGAUUGGUGCCAUUGCCACCACAUUCAAAAUAUAUUUUGAACUUAUAACUCCAAUACUUUAAACUGUAUACUGAUAAGAUGGUAUAGAUGAUGUUUCAAUUCCAUGAUGACCAGCAGUCAUCAUCGGUUGAUGAAAUAUAUAUUAUUCCCUAAUUUUCUGUUUAUGGACAACGUAGCACAGGACUAAAACAUUCACAAUCAUCAAUUAAAAUUUUUUUGCUCGUACGUAUACAUAAAUAUAUACAUUAUAUGAGGCGGCGUUUUUCAUUUAUUUAUUUUUUGUAUCUGCGAAUAUGAAAUAAUUUGUAUACCAGUAAAACUUUUUCCGUGUAAAUUUUUAGAAAAUAUGGAUAAAAUGACAGAGGAUGAGAAAAGCCCACUUCUUCUACCACAACAAAGUGUCAACAGUGAUAUAGAUGUUGAAGUAGAAACGUUAACGCAGCCAGAGUUCACAUCCAAACCUGAUCCUCCUCCGCUGAGAUGGAGACACUUUUUGAUGUCCCCUUGCCUGGCGAUACACCUGUAUUCGUACAUAUAUUGUAACAUGGUAAUCGGCCAGUACGUGUAUUAUGACAUUGCCAAACAGAAAUAUCCAGAUUCUUCAUUUCUAACAAAUAAUGGCGACUCGCAAUGUCACACCAACAAGACAUCUUUGGCCUUCAUUGAGAGGACAAACAUACAGAAGUUGACUAGCGACUGGCUGAUGUUGGCAUCCGUGUUUUCCAGCGUACCCGCCAUUGUGAUGGAUGUCGUUCUGGGAUCUUUUAGCGAUAAAUAUGGAAGAAAGCCUUUUGUUGUUAUUUCUCUUAUUGGAACCUUUCUGAAAACUAGCUUAAUUACGAUAGGAAUAAGUUCGGGUAUCAGUUUCAGUUAUUUCUUGCUGUUUGUUGGGAUAGAAGGGCUGACAGGUGGCUGGUGUCUCGUGUUAUCGCUAGGUUAUGCCUACAUGUCCGACCUAACAGUCAGCGGCAAAUCACGCACUUUGGCUUUUACACUGGUCGAAAUUUCAGUCGGUUUUGGACUGGUGUUGUCCGGCGUUUCUUCUGGUUAUCUAAUCAAAGACGUCGGCUUUGUUUAUUCAAUGAUUGUUAUAUCAGCUUUAAAUGGACUUAAUCUCAUGAUAGUAUUACUUUUUCUUCCCGAAUCGUUAGAAAAUUCCAUGCGCAAAGCAACCGGUGUUUUGAAUUUAAUCAAAAGUGCGUUCGCAUUUUACACCAAGGAUACGUCAAAGGACGGUAAAAGAUGGAAGUAUAUUAUACUAACGCUGAGCUAUAUUGCUUUAACCAUGUCUCUAAUUGGUAGAGAGACUGUGGAAGAGCUGUAUCAACUUAAUGCGCCAUUUUGUUGGACUUCUGUGAAAAUAGGAUGGUUUUCAAGUAUUGGGUACAUUGCACGUAACGUUAUUGGCCUAAGCUCCAUAAAGCUGCUCCAAUGUUGUCUCUCCGACAAAGUCAUUGUCAUAGUCAGCGGUUUAUCAAGCGUGCUUGCUUACAUCAUGGAGGCUUUUGCGGUCAAUGAUACCAUGCUGUUUUUUGUGCCCGCUAUUGGAAUAUUUACUAUGCUGGCCAGUCCGGUGAUUAGAUCGAUAUUGUCCAAAAUGACGCCUCCUGACCAGCAAGGUGCGUUAUUUGCUGGUACUGCGGUGAUACAGUCGGUAUGUACAGUCGCAGCAGAUGUUAUCUCCAAGUCGAUAUAUACAGCAACUGUUGGCAGCUUCCGGGGAUUUGUGUUUCUAGAAUUUGGAGGAUUCAGUGCUCUAAUGCUCGUCCUUUUCAUAUGUUUCAUGAUUGGAUGUAAAUUAAAGUAGAGACCUGCACAGAACAAAAGGGUAAUAUUCUAUUGUAUUUCGACGUACGGAGAGAACAUACGAUUCACGAUUGUCAUACAAGACGUGUUACCAUCUUUACUAUGGUAUGGAAAUAAACAAUAAAAACUCGAACGAAACAAACAACUGAUAUUCUACAAUUAUGUAUUGAGUGACCUUAAUGAUGCGACAAGUACAAAGGAAUUAUGGGACGUUAAGCAUUGACUAAUCUGGUUGGUACUGCCUGACUUAUCAUACCAGUACACCAUUCUAUAUACGUAGGCUUGUAUAGUUUAUAUAUGGAAUACAUACAGAUAAUGGC